CAAGUCCUGGGGUGUCGGCACUUAGCAGAAAUAGCAUUUACGAAAACAAAGAGAAUAUUUUCCUUUUCUUCUCCUUGUAUGUAUCACGGUGUGCCAGGCCCCCCCAGUUCAGAUAAUCUCGUUUCCUUAGCACGUUGGCUUUGCUCUCUGACAGACACAUUUACACUGCUUAUCUGGGGUUUGGCUUUCACCCCACCUUCCUGCCCCAUAUAAAGAGAAGGGGAAAAGAUACAAGUUUCAGUUCUUCAUCUAGGUGCCCCAGGAACUGAAGACCAUUGCAGAAUUAACUCUCUUGAAAAGCAGGCUUUCAAUGGAUUGGGAAAAUCCGCUUGCUCUUCACCCUCUAGCUUUCUACCAGCUGGUUGCAUUUCCAUUUGCUGUUUCCUUUCACUAUCUCUGCACCUCUGGGUCUCUCUCGCUAAAUGCCAGGUAUGCUUUCAUGUUUGCUUUAAUUCCAUGCUUGUACGUCUUGCUCCUGGUGGGAGGCUGCCUUCUAGCGUGUGCCGCCAUGGGAUGGUAUGCCCUGCUGCUCUUCAUCCCCACCUUCUGUUCCGUGGCCAUUUUCCACUCAGUCGGCCCACUGCAGGUCCCCACAUGGGCAUUUGUGCUCCAGAUGUCCUGGCAGACUUUCUGCCACCUGGCCCUGCACUACAGGGAACAUUAUUUGCAAGGAGCCCCAUGCAUCAGGUUGACAAUCGCCCUCUCGUCUCUCAUGCUGCAGACCCAGAAGGUCACAUCGCUGGCUCUGGAUAUCCACGAAGGGAAGGUGAUGAUGGGAUCUGAAUGGGGGGAUGGGAGGGAGCCACUGCUGCAGGCACUGCCUCUGUGCAGUUACCUGCUCUUUUUCCCUGCCCUGCUGGGAGGCCCGCUAUGCUCCUUUAGGAGCUUUCAGGUCCAGAUCCAGGGCUCAGGCACUUCACAUCCGACACGUCCCUUGAGGGCUGCAGGCCAGAAAUGCCUUCGUGCCCUGGCUCUGCACCUGCUGAGAAUGGCUGUGAGGAGCUACAGAGCCCCACUGGCCUGCCUGACGGACUGCACCGGCUUUGGCUGUGUGUACGUCAUGUGGCUUUCUGCCCUGCUCUUCAAACUGGCGUAUUACUCCCAGUGGGUGCUCGACGAGGCUCUCCUCAGCGCAGCGGGCUUUGGGCUGGAGCUUGGCCACACCCCAGGUGCAGAGAGUGUCUGCGGCGACCUCUCUGAUGCAGACAUAUGGACCUUGGAGACCACCAACAGAAUAGCCCUCUUCACCAGGACCUGGAACAAGAGCACUUCCCGGUGGCUAAGGAGACUCAUCUUCCAGCGCAGCCCCACCCAGCCCCUGUUGGCCACCUUUGCCUUCUCGGCCUGGUGGCACGGGCUCCACCCAGGGCAAGUGUUUGGCUUCUUAUGCUGGGCAGCGAUGGUGGAGGCUGAUUACCGGAUUCACCCUUUUCUCCGUUCACUUGCAAAGUCCUGGCACACCAAACUGCUGUAUAAGGCCCUGACUUGGGUCCAGACCCAGCUAAUUAUUGCGUACAUAACGGCUGCGGUGGAGAUGAGGAACUUCUCUGCACUCUGGCUGCUGGGUGCCUCCUACAACAGCUUCUUCCCUCUCCUGUACGGUGUUUCACUGCUGUGGCUGGUCGUGAGAUCCAGAGAAAAAUGAGUCUGACCCACACUCUUCUCCCCCCGCCCCUCCAUGCUAUUCACCCCACCCUUUUCAGCAAGAGAUUCCAGUGUGGAGA